GGGAGAGGGGGAGAGAGAGAGAGAGAAAAAGAGACGGGAAAUAGAAGAGGGAGGUGAAACGCAUCGAGAAGAUAAGGAGAAAGCUGGGAAUGUCGGGCGCAGACGAAAAGAUGGAAUCCCGGGCUAGACGUUCCAAGAUCUCGUGAUUGGUGACACCGCGUGGCUGACAGGGUUAAGGUCGACCGUGAUGGAAGUGGGAACGAGCGAUUCGAUCGUCCGGUCGAUCCUCCGUAACCUCUCGCUAAGCCGCGAGCAGCCGGACGAGCCGCCCGGAGGAGCGACCGACACUAUCGAUGUCGUCUCCACGACCGUGCAAGAGGAGAAGAUGGUGGACCUAUUGGGUGAUGUCCUGUCGACGAACGACAGCGGCGUCGACGGCAGCGAAUCGAGCUGGUUCGACGACUCGACGACGACCGGGCCGACCGGCUCGACUCUGCUGGCCUCUUCGUCCUUCGCGGAGUCCUCCUCGUCGUAUUCCACCCCGAGCGUGGACAACUACACCGGCAUAUCCGACCUGUUCGUCUUCGACGAUCUGAACGAUUACAUCAACCGGCUCAACUACAGUGUCUUCGUGAACCUCACGGCCUACGACGGCGGUGCAGGGCUGAACCUCAGCAGCGUCAACUGCACGUCGUCGAUAGUCGCCGGGGGCGCCGGGGAUGUCGUCAGGGCGGGCGAGUGCGGCGGGACGGCCGGCGUCGACGAGAAGUCGAACGCGAACAGCUGGUGGGCCCUGAUACUUGUGAUCGUGCCGUGUUUGACGCUCUUCGGUAACGUGCUCGUCAUCUUGGCGGUGGUGAGGGAGCGUACCCUCCAAACUGUCACGAACUACUUCAUCGUCAGCUUAGCGGUCGCUGAUCUCCUCGUGGCGGUGCUGGUUAUGCCGUUCGCUGUCUACGUGCUGGUGAACGGAUCUUGGAGUCUGCCUGGAUUUGUUUGUGACUUUUACAUCGCAAUGGAUGUGACUUGCAGUACCAGCUCCAUAUUCAACCUCGUGGCUAUUUCCAUAGACAGAUACAUAGCGGUGACCCAGCCGAUAAAGUACGCGAAGCACAAGAACAAUAGAAGAGUAUGGCUGACGAUACUGUUGGUCUGGGCGAUAUCGGCCGCGAUCGGCAGCCCGAUUGUCCUAGGCUUGAAUAACACCCCCGACCGGAUACCGGACCAAUGUCUGUUCUACAAUACGGAUUUUAUCAUCUACUCGAGCCUGUCCAGCUUCUACAUACCCUGCAUCAUCAUGGUAUUCCUCUAUUAUAAUAUAUUCAAGGCUCUGCGAAAUAGAGCGAGAAGGGCUCGUGCUAGCAAAAAACCGAAUUUAGGCGAUAUAAAACCGGGAAGCAUCAUCGAGAACAUCGCACACACGCGCAGUGGGUAUUCUGUGGCAAGGUUUGCGGAAACGGCGUUGGGGGCGGCCGCCUUAGUGGCUCCUGGAAUCGAGGAACCGACAAACACCGCUUCCGGCAGCAAUGAGGACGAGGACGAGACACCCCUCGAUCCCGUCGUCGUCAUCUCCAACGACAAGAGCACGGAAUUCUUUCUGGCCACGGUCGUCGAGGAAGCAGCUUGUCGUUUCAGCGCGGUGGCGCAAGCCCAGCUGAGCGGGACGCCCCACGUUCGCAAAGAUUCCGGUUACGACGGCGCGGCGAGCAGCACGAUGAUCCACGAACCCCUCGAGACGAAUUCCAGCCCGAGCCCGAACCCGCGGAUCACCUCGGCUCCGUCGUCGUCGACCUCGUCGUCGCCGCCGCCGACGAGAGGUGCGACCAGCGUCUCGUCGCAGACGAAGAAGAACGGCAACGGCAGCACGAACAAGCAGGAGCUCAAGAGACUGAAGAGUGCCGGCUCGCUAUUGCCGCUGCAGCUCGCGAGGACGCCCAGCGUGCUGUCGUCCGCCGGCAAGAAGGACCGCAAGAACGCCUCGGCCGGGUCAAGGUUCACGAUAUACAAGGCCAACAAGGCCAGCAAAAAGAAGAGAGAGAAGAGUUCGGCCAAGAAGGAGCGCAAGGCCACGAAGACUCUAGCGAUCGUGUUAGGGGUCUUUCUGAUAUGCUGGGUACCCUUCUUCACCUGCAACAUCAUGGAUGCAAUCUGCACGAAACUGACGAAGGCCUGUCAGCCUGGUGUUACAGCUUUUAUCAUCACCUCCUGGUUGGGUUAUAUGAACAGCUUUGUGAAUCCCGUAAUAUACACUGUGUUCAACCCCGAGUUCCGCAAGGCCUUCCGCAAGUUGAUCAGCGUGUAAGCGCGAGCGAUUUGUCCUCCUAAAGAAGAACCACGGGCCGACAAAUGUGACUCACUCUCUCUCUCUCUCUCUCUCUCUCUCUCUCUCUCUC